GAAAACUAGUUACGGAAGGAGCCAUAAAAGCAGAGAGAACGGUCGGUCUGUAUAUUAUUAUUAUAAGGUUAUUGCGUGUGUUGUGAUGUGAUAUGGCAUCAUUAUCGCUACCCAGAGUUCUGCAACAGCGGAAAACAAGUCUCGAACAAGAAAGAGAAAAUUUUGAAAAGUGCCAGGCAAUCAGUAUUAAUAAAGCCAUCAAUCAGAUUGAAACACCAGUGAAGGAGAAACAUGUAAGAAGUACAAUUAUUGGAACCUUUCAUGAAAAGGGAGCACAGACUUUUUGGGUAUGUGCACUGCGACUUCCUUUGCAAGACAAUCGAAUUGCAGCAUGGAAGUUUUGUCAUGUCCUGCAUAAAGUUCUUCGAGAGGGACAUCCACAAGUUCUUUCCCACUCCCAGCGACAUCGAGGAGAAAUAGAAGAUUUGGGGAAACUUUGGUGUCACUUACGAGAAGGCUAUGGGAAACUUAUACAAUGCUAUACAGUUCUGCUCAUAACUAAGUUGGACUUCCAUCGCCGCAACCCUCGCUUCCCAGGCAACCUUCAGGUUACGAAAGAGGAACUUGAGAGCAUUGGCGAGAAUGAUAUCAAUAAUUAUUUCCAAAUGUCUGUAGAAAUGUUUGAUUACAUGGAUGAAAUUUUAAAUCUGCAGUCAGCAAUUUUUGGCUCACUCAACAUGUCACGUUCAAACUCUAUGAUGAGCUCUGGUCAGUGUCGCCUUGCACCACUCAUACCCUGCAUUCAGGACUCAUCACAGUUGUAUGACUACUGUGUAAAAAUACUCUUCAAACUGCAUGCAAGUCUUCCUCCUGAUACGCUAGCAGGUCACAGGGAGAGGUUUCUGAAGCAGUUUCAAGACUUGCGUCAGUUUUACUUGAAUGCAAGCACGAUGCAGUACUUCCGGAACCUCAUCCAGAUUCCUCUGCUGCCUGAGACACCACCUAACUUCCUUGUGCAAUCAGAUCUGCGAAGCUAUGUGACUCCUGUUGUUAUUCUUCCGCCAGAAGAUACGGUUCAUCAUAACGAUAGUGACAAUGUGGUGGAUGGAAACCUUGUAGACACAUCAGAUGCCAACUCCCUGACAGGAGAUCUAGUAGACUUGAACCAUCGAAAUGGUUCAGUCUCACCAGAUGUUCUUGCAGAAAGGGACAGUUUGAUAGAGCAUCUGCAGCAAGAGAUCGCUCACCUAAGGAAGGAAAUACAGAGGUUAAUCCAUGAACACCAAAGAAUAGUGGAUCAACUGAAUGAGAAAAUUGGGGAGCUGCAAGUGGAUUUAGCAACAAAGGACAGUGAACUUCUACAAGAAAGGCAAUUGAAAGAAGAUUUGUUGCAACAAACUGAAGCUGUUUCAAAGUUCCAGGAAACAGAGCAAAAGGCUAAAACAGUAGAAGAAAAAUUCCAAAAGCUGAAGGAUAUUUACAGAAAACUAAGAGAGGAACAUAUCAAACUCAUUCGACAGAAAGCUGAUGUAGAUAAACAGCUUCUUAGUGCACAGAGUAUGAGUGACGCUGCUGUUAGGUCAAAGGCCCAAGCUGAAUCCAGAAUACAGGAACUGAUGUUAGAAAAAUCUCAGACGGAAGAAUCACUGCAGAAAUCUUCUAAUGAAGCACAAGCAGAACUUGUACAUCUGAAGCAAAGUCAGGAAGCAGCUAAAUCUGAAAAUCAGAAUCUAGCCUGUAAAGUUGAGUGGCUUCUGAGUGAGAAGGGUUCAGUGGAAUCUCAGCUUCAAGACGUGUUGGCUCAAAAGGAGGACCUUGAUGUGCGACUUAAAGACACUGAGGGCAGGAUGAAAGAACUGGAGUCACGACUACAGGAGGAAAAAUUCAACAGGCUGUAUCAGCUGUUGGUGACAUGUAUAUCACAAGCAGAAGGAGUAGUACAAAAAUCGAUUCAUGAAGUUGACAAUCCAGCAAUUUCUGCUGUUACAUGUACACCAGAUUAUUUUAGAGGUUUGAUUGAACCAGUUCAGAAUUCAUUAAAUGACCUUGGAAGUUCAUAUAAGUCUUUCUAUUCAAACUCUGCAGCAAUUGAUAACCUGGUUCAGAAUGUAAUAUGUGUGGCUCAACUUGUUGCUAAUUACAUACUGCAAGGAAAGACCACAUCUAACACAUCUCCUGAUAUAGAGUUUGGAGAACACAUAGCUGAAGUGUGUAAAUUAGUUGGAAGCUCAGCUCUAAUUCUACUGGCCAGUAUAAAAAAUCGAAAUGAAGCUGAUGGCGUCGCUGCUCAUGUUGUCGCGGUGAAAAGCAGAGUGUCAGAGGUUGCAGAACUAAUUGAGAAACUCACAAAUGCUGUUAAAGGGGAUUCUGCAGAAGUGAUUGGUGACUUGGUUGAAUCAGAGCUUGCUAGUAUGGACAAAGCAAUCGAGGAAGCUGCCAAUCGGAUAGAAGAAAUGUUGAGUAAAUCCAGAGCAGCAGACUCAGGGAUCAAGCUUGAAGUUAAUGAGAAAAUCUUGGAUUCAUGUACAAAUCUCAUGCAAGCAAUCAGAGUAUUGGUGCAGAAAUCACGGUUACUGCAGGCUGAGAUUGUUGCUCAAGGAAAGGGUACGGCGUCUGCUAAGGAGUUUUACAAACGGAAUCAUCAGUGGACAGAAGGUUUAAUAUCUGCAGCGAAAGCUGUUGGAAUGGGAGCGAAGUUCCUUUUAACAGCAGCAGACAAAGUAGUGAGUGGGCAAGGUAAAUUUGAGCAGCUUGUAGUGGCAUCACAGGAGAUUGCAGCAAGCACGGCCCAGCUUGUUGUGGCAAGCCGUGUUAAGGCUGAUCGUAACAGCAAGAAUAUGUCAGCCCUUUCUCAAGCGUCAAAGGGUGUUACUCAGGCCACAGGUGGAGUGGUGGCUACUGCCAAGUCAUGUGGGCAGAUGAUAGAGGAGAAUGAGGACCUAGACAUGAGUGGCCUGUCACUGCAUCAGGCUAAGCGAUUAGAGAUGGAAUCCCAGGUGCGAGUCUUAGAACUCGAGGCAUCAUUGGAUCAGGAACGCCUACGACUUGCUGCCCUCCGUCGCCAUCAUUACCAGUUGGCUGGUGAGGUUGAAGGUUGGGACAAGGAGUCACUUCAGGAUGUCACCCAAUGAUGAGGUUGAAACUGUGUAACUGUGUCAUUCAUGCUGACUACACUUGAAUGACAUCUGAGCUGUUCGUGAGUCCAUGCAUAGUAAAAUGUUGUAUUUAAUAUAAAAUAAUUGACAAUUUUAUGGACUGAAACCCUGCUGAUUUGGAUGAUGUAUAUGUAAAUAUUGUAGCAUUUGAUAUAUUUUCCUAUUAUGAGUAAAAUAACAUCCUUUUAUCAUUAUUCAUUGUUAUCAGUUAACAUAUUCAUAUUUGAUAGUAUUUAUUAAUAUUUCAGAACUUAGCUGAAAUGUAAAAGUAUAACCAUAAUCUUAUUCACAAUCAAAAAAUGAAUGUAACUCAAAUCUUGCCAUGCCAAGAACAGUGGAAUUACAAGACUUGAGUUGCAUCCACAGAACUUGGUGAACAUUAAGGUUUGGACAUUCUUUUUAAUGUGCAUACCAUUUUGAAGAAUGUAAUCAGUGUGACAGAUGAGAGAUUUCAACAGAGUUAAUAAUAAAUUGUCCUUUGGUAUCAUUUUCAUUUGCGAAGAUGUGUCUUUAUUGUUGAAGUUUAUUUUCAUGGUUUGGUUUUUAUUUUUAUGAUGGAAAUUACUCAGGGAUUGAAAGUAAAUUGGCUGAAUUGCAUUUCUCAGUGUUUUGGGAAACUGACUGAACAGUUGAGUUGUUUUGCAUUAUGGUAUCUUGUCGGAAGGAAGAGAUGAAACCAAAGGAUGCCAUUGUCUGUGUAUACGGUACAAGCACAAGCAUAAAAUGUGAAAUAGUAAUAUAUAUAAAUAUAUAUUAUAUUUGUAGGAGAAUUUUAGUGUGGACUAAAAUAAUGCGCUGUUCAAUAAUGAAGGAUGUUUAAAAGUGUUUCUGUAUGCCAUUUUUACAGUAAUAUAAAGUGAGUGUUCACAUUCACCAGUGUAAUGUUGGUCUGUCAUUGAGUUGUAUAACAAAUUAAUGUAACUUGUGUCAGCUAUAAGUAACAUUUAUCACAUAAGUGAUAUAAACUAAUAAUCAUGUUAGUAGAAUGUAUUGAAAUUAUUUGUGAUGUAUUAUUUCGUGUACUAGGUUUUCCUAGUCAAAUUUCAGAGACGAAGUUGUGUAUAGUUCAUUUAUGUAUAUCUUUAUUGCAACGAUAAUAUUGUGUUAAUUAUGUUAUUACUUAACAUUUCUGUAUGAAUGCUGUAAUAAUUGCAACAGCUGAGAGUACAAAUGUUUAAAACA